CACAUUUGUGAAACAUACAAACAUGUUGUCCAAAAUCGUAGCCAUUUGCGCCUUCGCGGCUGUAGCCCAGGCCGGUCUCCUGGUUGAGCCACACUACUCCUCGGCCGCCGCCGUGUCCUCGCAGAGCAUCGUGCGCCAUGACCAGCCCCAGGCUGUAGCCCACAAGCUAGUGGCUGCUCCCGUCGCCUACCACGCCGCUCCCGCUCACGUGGCCUACCACGCUGCUCCCGCCCCCGUCACCUACCACGCUGCCCCUGCUGCCGUCACCUACCACGCCGCUCCCGCUCCUGUUGCGUACCACGCCGCUCCUGCUGCUGUCCACUACAGCGCUCCCAUCGCUAAGGUGGUCGCUCACGAAGAAAUUGCUCACCCCCAAUACGAGUACUCUUACUCCGUUGCUGACGGACACUCCGGCGACAACAAGUCCCAGCACGAGACCCGUGACGGAGAUGUCGUGAAGGGCUCUUACUCCCUCAAGGAGGCUGACGGCUCCAUCCGCACUGUGGAGUACACCGCUGAUGCUCACAACGGCUUCAACGCGGUGGUGCACAACACCGCCCCCACGCACGCGCCCGUCGUGGUCAAGGCCGCUCCCGUCGUCUACUCCGCUCCCACUUACUACCAUCACUAAACAAUUCGACCAAAGAAACGGUUUAAUGAUGACUAGUUAAUUUAUUGCAAAUACAUAUAAAUAUAAGACCUU